GUCAAGUUAAAACUUGCACAUGCAGUAUAAACCAUUUGAUGCGAUAAAACACUGCCAAAUAACGAUUUUAACAAUGCGAUGUUUAACUUUUAGCUGAAACAUGAAUUAAGUCAACUGGGUUAGUUCCACACACAUUGCCUUUUAGCUCAUAGGUUCGAUAUUGAUACUGGUUAUAAAGAACCUCGAGACAAAUGUUCAUUUUAGUCUAUGGUGCAGGCUGCUCAGAAAAUAGAUUUGAACACCUAUUAUUUAAAACCUCAAAGAAUCAGAAUCGUUUGGAACCGGAAUUGCUCAAAUUCAAAAUACGCCAAACCCUACUUUGGAGAGGUCGUUUGUGUUGCAACUAUUAAACGGUUAUCUUUCCAGCCAUCAAGGCAAAGGUGGUUGGAGUGAAGGGUGAUGGAAACUUUGAAGCCAUUAAGUAUGACAUCAAACAGACCAAGAUGUUCAAGGGCCCUAAAAAGGAUUUGGAUGCCAUGUGGAGUCACUCUCACCAAUGGCAUCGAGUAUCUACUCAUGGCCAGACUGCAGUUCAACGGCUCGCCGCAUCAUCUCGUGCGACUUCUCUCAGCCGUGGGAGACCUUGAGCGCCAUGCAAAAGACCCUGUUGCGGCGCUACCAAAUGGGCUGCGGUUGCACGAUCAAGCUGUGCGUCUCCCUCUCAUGCGGCGUCGGCAGCCCGACCCAGUGCUUGUGGACGGACUUUCUGCCGGUGAAGGUGGCAAACGGAGAGCAGGCCCAAAACUUUGCUUUUAUCAAGAGAAGCAACGGCUAUUGCGCUUGGUACAGGGUGAGCGCCUCGCCCAAAAAGGGUUUUGUGGGUGUUAAAGGCCGUUAACUCGAAUAAAAACAUAAAAUCAAUGCUUUGUAUUUGUAUAAACAUGAUUUUGUUGUUCCCCUUGUCUUAAAUCAAAUGUGGUGAAUGUUUGCCCUUACCUUAUUUCACCUGAAUAAUCUGUCUCAAGCC